AUGGCAGACAUUCUCCCCACAGAGUUUGAUGUGGUUAUAAUAGGGACAGGUCUGCCUGAAUCCAUCCUUGCUGCUGCAUGCUCAAGAAGUGGACAGAGGGUUCUACAUAUUGAUUCAAGAAGCUACUAUGGAGGGAAUUGGGCUAGUUUCAGUUUUUCAGGAUUGCUAUCCUGGUUGCAGGAGUAUCAGCAAAACAGAGAUACUGAGGAAGAAAAUACUGCCUGGCAAGACUUGAUUCAUGAAACAGAGGAAGGCAUCACUCUUUGCAAGAAGGAUGAAACCAUUCAACACAUAGAAGUGUUUUGCUAUGCCAGUCAAGAUAAAGAGCACAAUGUUCAAGAGAUUGGUGCUCUUCAGAAAAGUCCCUCCUCAAUGGCAUCUAGUACCCUCAUUGAAUCUGUGGAUUCUGCGUGCUUGCCCAAAGAAAGGGACUCCUCAUACUUCACUAGCUAUGAAAUAUCUGCCCAACAUACCCAAAAAAGUGAUAAAGAUAUUUCCCUAGAAGUAACUGGUAUACAAGAAUCAUUAGAGAAAGAUAACAUUGAUCAGCCAAAGAGAAAUAGGAUUACUUACCCUCUAAUAGUUGAAGAAGGCAGGAGAUUUAAUAUUGAUUUGGUAUCAAAGCUGCUAUAUUCCCAAGGAUCACUGAUUGAUCUUUUAAUCAAAUCAAAUGUUAGUCGUUAUGCAGAAUUUAAAAAUGUAACUAGGAUUCUUGCGUUUCGGGAAGGAAAGGUAGAACAGGUGCCUUGCUCCAGAGCAGAUGUCUUUAAUAGCAAAGAACUCACUAUGGUUGAAAAAAGGAUGCUGAUGAAAUUUCUUACCUUUUGUUUAGACUAUGAACAACAACCUGAUGAAUACCAAGAUUUCAAGCAAUGUUCAUUUUCAGAGUACUUAAAAACUAAAAAGUUAACCCCCAGCCUCCAACACUUUAUACUGCACUCAAUUGCAAUGACAUCAGAAUCAUCAUGUAGCACAUUAGAUGGCCUUAAAGCAACAAAAAACUUCCUUCAGUGUCUUGGACGGUUUGGCAACACUCCAUUUUUAUUUCCCUUGUAUGGCCAAGGAGAAAUUCCCCAGUGUUUUUGCAGGAUGUGUGCUGUUUUUGGUGGAAUCUAUUGUCUUCGCCAUAAAGUACAAUGCCUUGUAGUUGACAAAGAAUCUGGUAGAUGUAAAGCAAUUAUAGAUCACUUGGGUCAAAGAAUAAAUGCUAAAUAUUUUAUUGUGGAGGAUAGUUACCUUUCUCAGGAAACAUGCUCCAAUGUGCAGUAUAAACAGAUCUCGAGGGCAAUACUCAUUACAGAUCAGUCUGUACUAAAGACAGAGUCAGAUCAACAGAUUUCCAUUUUGAUAGUGCCUCCAGUGGAAUCAGGAACCUAUUCUGUUCGGGUCACGGAAUUAUGUUCAUCAACCAUGACAUGCAUGAAAGACACCUAUCUAGUACAUCUGACCUGUGCAUCUUCAAAAACAGCAAGAGAAGACUUAGAAUCCGUGGUGAAGAAAUUAUUCACUCCUUUUACUGAAACAAAAGUAGAAAAAGAAGAACUUGGAAAGCCAAGACUUUUGUGGGCUCUAUAUUUUAAUAUGAGAGAUUCCUCGGGAAUCAGCAGAAGCUCCUAUGAUGGUUUACCUUCAAAUGUUUAUGUCUGCUCUGGGCCUGACUGUGGACUGGGAAAUGAGCAUGCAGUCAAACAAGCAGAAACUCUGUUUCAGGAGAUCUUUCCUGGUGAAGAAUUCUGUCCUCCUCCUCCAAAUCCAGAAGACAUUAUCUUUGAUGGUGAUGAUAAGCAACCAGAAGCUCCUGGAACCAACAUAAUAAUGGCCAAGCUUGAAUCCCCUGAGGAAAGCCAAAACUUGGAAAGCCCUGGGAAGCAUCUUCAGAAUUAGAAAAGAACAAACUCAAAAUACUCUUCAUCCUGGAAUCAAUAUAUUAUUAUUUGAAGGACAGCUUCCUACAUAAAAGAAUGGUAUACAGAUGUCUUUAACAUGAUUUGAGACAUUGGGCACUGGGUGUCUUUGUGAACCUAUUAUUUGUCACUGGACUUUUUUUUUUUUUAAUUUCAGAAUCGGCUCCAUGAUCCAGAAUAUCAAAAAAGUUAGCUUUAUUUUAAUAUUGGGUAUUGUGUGAGGGUUCCAUGUUAUCAGCUUUGCUUAAAGAAAAGUAAUAUUAUGCCUACUACUGGUCUUUAAAUUUCUUUAUCCACAGAACAAUUAAUAUCAUUUAAGAAACGCUCUAGUUACUAUUGCAGCUACUAAAAUUGCUAUCACCUCUGCUUGAAUAGUGAAACACAUACAAAUAGUAAAUUAUGUGAGUCUUUUGUAAAUAAUAUAAACAUGUAGGCUUGGUAGUAGGAAUAGCAAUAGUACAAAUACCAAUAUGAUAAAAUACAAUUGUUUCUAAUUGUUAAGUCUGAUGUUAACAAUACAUUUUGCAGGUGAAUUUAUCUACUUGACCCUUAUAACCCAUAAGGCAAUGAGACCAUUAUAGCCUUCUACUUUAAAGAGUCAAGAGUUUGUAGUUGAAGAGCUCAUUUGUGGGAGAUACAUUCCAAAGAAAUUUAGAAGUUAGAGUAGUUAAAAAAAAAUCUGUAAAACCUUGCUUUGACAUCUAAAACAAAAGAUCUUCCAACAAGUAACUCAGGCCAAAAUAAAAAAUAAAUGACCCCAGAAAAAAAGAUAUUUCAGGAUGACCAUUCCAAAAUUCCUAAAAAGGAUCCAAAGGAAAAACUGAGUGGGACACUUUUAACCUGGGAUUAUAGAUGAUUUUAAAAUUCUCUGCUUAAAUAGAUUUUCUUAUCCCAGUUUUCUCAGGAUGAAACUACCACCUUGUUGUCUCUGUCACUUUAAUUAGCAAUAGUAACCAAAAUACUGAGUCAAAGUAGGAUUUACUGUGCCCCUAUGGUUGUGUCCCAUCCCACAAAUAGGUAACAACAGCCUUCAUAUUUACUUCUGCUUCUUAGCUAUAUCUGGAGAAUAAACGCCCCCCCAUCCAAAGUUAAAAAAAAAAAAAAAGUCAUUUACUCCAACUUUCUAAGGUGAAAGCUUGGGGAGCUGUCAGAGGAGGUGAAUUUCCAUGAUUAAUUCCAUUUCCAGUCCUCAGGCAGAGAGAAUGAUAAUCCUAUAGAAACCCAAACCAUUUCAUAACUGUGUUUGCUCUCAAAAUAGCAUUUACUAUGUGCUGGGCAUACUGUGCUUUCUCACUACAGUUUCUCAACAAUAUAAGGCAGAUACUAUUGCAUACAUUUUCAGAGAGGUAUGGAGACUCAGUUAUUAAUCAUUACUCAUUCUGAUGUGUGGAUGAGCCAGUAUUGGAACCCAUUCUUUCAUGAUUCCAUAAAUCAUUCAUCUUUCCACCUGCAAUCAUUGUUAGAAACGUAUAGGUACAGAAUGAGAAGGAAAAGGUGCCCAUGAAAAUCAAAAUCUAAUGUUGCUGGGCAAGAAAAGUAGACAGACCCUGGUCUUGCAGCUUAUUGUUAAGUCAGAGAAAUGUGAAUAAGAUUAAUUAAAUGUUUUAGAGCUAUGAAUCUCAUUGAAGCAGAAUUCGACUUAAGUUUGACAAAAUAAUGCUCUUUGGUGACAUCUUUUGGUCUGAAGUUUGUGUUCUAAAAAACGUUAGUAGACCAAAAUAUGUUCUAAUUCAGUCCUUCAUCACAGAUUUAAGUAAUUGACAGAUUUAAGUAAGACAGAUUUAAGUAAUUGACAGCAUACUGGAAGUAUAAAAGUCAUGGGCUGAUAUUAAUAUUGACUUUUAAAAUACAGUAAAGUGGUAUAUUAGUAAGUAGAUCCUAAAGUUUAAACCUAUCAAAAAGUUGAAAUGCCUGAUUACUACAAAAUACUAAUUAAAAUGAGUAAAAUUGUAAGAUAAAUAAAAUGAAAGUGAAAGUAAUUCAGACUUACUAAAGUUUUUCAGUAUCACAGGUUAUUCAUGAGAAAUACAGAAAAGUAACAGUGAAAAGUUGCAAAAUAUGGUAUCAACAGACAUAAUGGAAAUAAAAAUAAAAAGUAUUAUAUGAGGCCACAAUAGAGAUUGUUUUAAAAAACUAACAAAAUGAAUAUCUUACUUUCUUAAAUCAAUACAAAAUAGCAAGUUGGAAAUGAGACAAGUUAUAAACUGUAAAAAGCAUUUAAAAAUAUAGAGGAUAUUUUAAUCUAGUAUAGUUUUCUGACAAAUUAGAAUUUGACCCAAUGGAUUAUUAACUUUUUUAAAUGUUUAGGGAAAAUGUGUAUCAUAAAAGAUGAUAUACCAUUAAUUGCAUUUUGAGGUACAUACGGCUUCAAUAUUAAAAUUCAAACAUUCUUAAAACGGUCUCAUUCUUAGCAAAUGCAAUAUGAAAAGGAAAAUGUUGGCAAAUAAUACAUCAACAAAAGUCUUUAUUUAUUGUGACUCAGAAUUAGAAGGCUGAUGUUCAGCAAAGCAGCCAUUAUAUCAACAUAAGUAGAAUAAAAUGGUAAAAAAUCCAAAGUAUUAGCUACUGCCAAAGUUAGUAGUCUCAACUCUUUAAAAAAAUUUAUCAUUCAUCUUUGAUUUAAUUAUCUUUGGUAAUGAUUUCAUUUUUUAGUGUGAUAAUUACUUGAAAACUAAUAAUUAAUAUUCAUAUUGAGGAAACAAAUAUUUCUCAGUUUGAAAUUAAACUAUGCUGGCACCAUUUUCUUUAUAUAUGGUUGAAGAAAUUUGUCAUUGUGAUAAAGAAAUUCACAAAAUAAGAAAGAUAAGAAAACACCACAAAUUUUAUUUUCUAUUUACAUGGCUUUAUACCUUGCUAACCUUAUUCUAUCAUAUAAAUCUAUUAAUGAGACUAAUUCAGGAAGUUGCAGGAUAUAUCAUUGUUAAAAAUCUAAUUUCUAGAUGCCAACAGUGACUGCAAUUUAAAGUGUUUGGGUAUUAAUAUAUAUGAACCAUAUAAAGGAUGUUAUGCAACUAUAUUGAGACAAUUUAAGAAAAAUGCUUAAAUAGAAGCAGGUUGAAGGAGCUAAAUUUAAAAUAUGUGCAUACUCUCAUGAGAGACAUCCUGAUAUAAUGGAAAAGUCAUACAUGUGGAGUCCUUGCAUCACAUCUUAUUAGUUGUCUCAUCUCGGGGAAAAACAUUUUUAGCUUCCAUUUUACCACCUAUAUUAGAAUUAAUAAUUAUUGUGAGGAUUGAGUUAGUGAACAUGAAAUUAUUGUCCAAAGGAAUGUCAAUAUAUGACAUUGAUGUGUAGAUUUAUUAUAAUACCGUUUAACAUUCCUACUGGAUGUUUCAUGUAACUUGACAAAAUUGAAAGAAAUUACCUAGGCAAGUAAACAGGUAAAGAUGUUUUUAAAUUACGAGAAAAAGUGGGAGCUUUGCCUUUUAAGUCUUUGAAGCAUGCCUUUGGGUGACUUAUCUAAAAACUCUGUGAUGCUGAGCAGAAAUCUUAGCUAAUAUGAAUAAACAGAAAGAGGUAUUUAAUAGACACUGACAGAAAGUCUAUUGGUAGAAAGACUAGCUGUUUCAUUGUGGACAUAGAUUAACAUAUGAUAAUGCAAUUUAUGCCAGUUGAAUUAAAAUGUUAACUAUAAAAGUAAAAAUGAAAAUAUUACAAUUUUCAUUCCAAUAUUGGUGCCAAGGAAUUUCAUGGCAAUGAGAAAUAUUGACAAGGUAGAUCAACAAAUAAAAAGAUGAAAAAUGUAUAAUAAACAAAAAGAAGAUGGAAUAAAAAGGGUGUUUGCAUUAUAUAAGUGGUUUAAUAAUGUUUUUAAAAGUGGAUGGAAAUCCUUAAGGCUUUGUCCUCUUUACUAGGUAGAUUUAGUAAGGGAUAGGUUACAAAUGAGAAGAUAUAAGUAAAAAUAAAUUUUUAGAAAGAUGUUCAGGUUAAAUAUUUUAAAAGGAGAUUUAAAUGACUUUGACCUAGUUCUUGCUGUUAAGCAAAACUUUUAAAUUUGUGUUUGUCUAUACCAAUAGCACUAUAUAUUAGUAGUCAUUUUAAAGAACUUUUUAGAAGACUAACAAGAGCUCUGUAACUGAUUUUUUUUUUAAAUAUACCAGAUCACUUUGAAUACCACAUGUAUGCCUGGGAAAAUACUUAAAAGAAAGAAAGAAAAAAAAAAAAAAGCUACCUGUAGCAGUUCCUUUCAUACAAAUUUAAAAGAAAAAGCCUAUUAAUUCAGAAAUUGAUAAAUUUUGGUGUAUUGUUGUUGCUAUCAUAAACAUAUAGCCAUUAGUUAAUAUUGAUAUAUGUAAAAUUGUAUGCAAAACUUAGAUCAAAAAAUGUUAAUUAGAACAUAUAUUUACAUAUUUGUAUAAAUUUGUAUGUAUCUGUGUUGAAAAGAAUCAGAAGACAUUUAAAUAAUUGCAGCUUAAUAAGGGGUUCUUUUUUCUGUAAAAUACUGAUGUGUAAAAUAAAGAAUAAAAGAUUUAUUGUAAGUUGGAA